AUGCUGCUUCGUAGUAAAUCACAGAAGGAAUUGAUAAGUCUAUCACGUCAACUUAUUCAACCAUUACUCCCCAAUUUCCACAAAGGUCAAGCAGGAAGAAUUUGUAUCAUUGGUGGAAACGAGGACUACACCGGAGCUCCCUUUUUCUCAAGCCACUCAGCUGCAUUAGUUGGUGCCGAUUUAUCCCACGUUGUCUGCGAGAAGCAAGCAGCGCCGAUAAUAAAAACAUAUUCGCCUGAUCUAAUGGUUCAUCCAUACUUGCUAGAUUUGGAGAACCCAGCAUUGAAAUUGAAGGAUGCAGAGUUGGAUGAUUUGAAGAAAUUGUCAAUUGAGGAAGUGUUGAACCAAACCAAUGUUCUCACGAAGAUUAUUGAUGAUGUCAUUUUGCCAAAGAUUCAACCGUUGUUAACUAGAAUGGAUAUAAUUGUGGUGGGCCCCGGCUUUGGUCGUGACCCACUAAUGUUGAAAUCGUUGGUGAGAAUAAUUGAAGAAAUUAAGGUUUUAAACAAACCAAUUGUGCUAGAUGCCGACUCGUUAUACCUUUUGUCAAUUGAACCAAAGUUAAUCACAAAUUACUCAAAGGCUAUCAUUACACCCAACAUUGUUGAGUUUCAACGAAUUGCUAAAAAAUUAGACAUUGAGAUAGACAUUUCAAAAGACUACUCAGAAGCAGUGUUGAUUGAACAAACUCAGAAACUCUCAUCAAAGUUGGGAAAUGUAUUGGUAUAUCGAAAAGGUGAAGUUGAUAUCAUUGCCAAUUCAAAAAAUGUUGUCCUUAACAAGUCAGCCGGAUCUAGCAAGCGUGUUGGGGGUCAGGGUGACACACUAACCGGUGCCAUUGCAACAUUAGUCAACUGGUCAAACCAUUACUUGGACAGUUAUUGGGACAAUAAAGUUGACUUGGAUACGGCUGAUGCUCACAUCCUUGCAUGCUAUUCUGCUGGUUCUUUAGUUAGAGUAGCAGGACAAAAGGCGUUUAAAAAGUAUGGAAGGUCAAUGCAAACUUCCAACGUCCAUGAGUUUUUACAUGAUGCAUUCCUUGAGUUAUUCGAUGAUAGUUUGUUUAGGUUUAGUAGUAAUAUCUAG